AUGGACGCGGAAGUACUAAAACUUAUCCGUCCCACAGACCGUGUGCUGAUAGUUUGGAGUUCCACAAAUUCCCAGACUGAAACCUCAAUGAAGAAUAUGCUGGAGAGUCUAAAAACGGUCGUUUCGGAUGAGUCGGCUAUCCAAUUGGAAAAUUUGGAAGUUUAUCUGCAGCGUCCAGUUUCGACCAACGGCGAGUCCUCACUUAAGCCGACUAUAAUUUUAACAGGCUGGCCGGAGGCCUUCAAGCAUGGACAACAUAACUUUGAAGUUUACUCACGCCUUGUUGCCCUGUUUCCCGUCUCUGGCCGAAUAAUCUCCCGCGAGAGUGCAGGUGCUGACCUCGCCUCAACUGUAGAGUCCCUUCGCAAGGCGGCAGUCCUGGCGGGUUUUGUGGACAUUAAAUUUGUAUGUCUUUCUGUUUCCUUAAAGUUGACCUCUUCCUUCAAUCUGAAACUUUUUAGCCAUUUGAAAACUUUAGUCGACCGUUUUUAUCUUGAAAUGCCCAGCUGCUUCCCCACUAGUCUUUACAAGCUAAUUACCUUGCUGAAAUGA